GCUGUCGCACACACUUCUCCCCGUUUGAAACGGGAAGGAGCUUCAAUGGAGUCGACUCAAAAGCAGCCAUGUUGGCUCUCGUUUGUUCUGAUUCGGGUAUUGGUUGCGGUGCACUUCGUUCCCUCCGUGUCUCCCGCCAGUGACAUGUCAGGCGAGUUACCCACCAAAGAACGGGCACUGAAAGGCAGAGAAGAGAAAAUGUUCGUGGCAGAGAAGCACGCUGUGAAUGGUAACCCUGUGGUGGAGCCUUUCCCUGAAGGCACCGAGUUGGUCAUGUUUGGGAUGGGCUGUUUUUGGGGUGCAGAGAAACGUCUCUGGCAGAUACGGGGUGUGUUUUCCACCCAGGUGGGCUACUCUGGAGGUGUCACCCCUAAUCCCAACUACCAGGAAGUGUGUACAGGUCUGACAGGGCAUGCAGAGGUUGUGAGGGUGGUCUUCUUUCCACAGGAAGCGAGUUUUGAGAAACUUCUCAAGGUUUUCUGGCAGAGCCACAACCCUACUGAAGGAAUGAAGCAGGGAAACGACCACGGUACCCAGUACCGCUCAGCCAUCUACACCUACACCCCGCAACAGCUGCACCUGGCCAUGAAGACCAAGGAGGCCUACCAGAAGGUGCUGAUGGAGAAGGGCUACGGUCCCAUCACCACGGAGAUUCGGGAGGCGGGGGAGUUCUAUUACGCUGAGGACUACCAUCAGCAGUACCUGCACAAGGUCCCCAAAGGUUACUGCGGCCUGAGGGGCACGGGGGUCAGCUGUCCCAUGGGUGUUGAGGAGAAGGACGAGCUGUGAGGACGAGGAGCAGCCAGACGCGAGAGCGGGCUGCAGAAGGUGAUGUCACUCCCUGGAUCCACAGUAAGACUGUGAUUAGUUCUCUUAACUCAGGACCUCUACCUUGCACGGUAGACUAAUUAUAUUUACAUUUA